AGCUGUCUGGGUGUGAGUGAGCACCCUCUAGCGGAGUUGCUGACAAGCCUUCCUGCAGAGCUUCUGUCUGUUUCUACUCAUCAGCGUUUUAAGAGGUCUAUGGUUCAGCCUUGAGCAGAGACCAUGUGGUGUUUGGAGCUGCUCUUACCGCUUCUGUUGAUCAUCAAUGAUGCCAAUUCUCAGUGGAAUGUUUGGGUACCUCGGGACAUCUCGGCCAUGACCAACUCCUGUGUUGUCAUCCCGUGCACCUUCAUGUAUCCGUCUGGUAUCAGGCCGUACCGUGGCAUUCAUGGUAUCUGGUAUUUCGGCCAGCCUUACCCUCAACUUUUCCCUCCCGUAGUCUUCAAAUCACGCACAGACGUCGUGCAUGAGAGCUACAAAGGCCGCACCAAGCUGCUGGGUGAUCUGCACCAGAGGAACUGCACUCUGCUCAUCAACAACAUUGGCACAGAGCACUCAGGGAGAUACUACUUUCGUGCUGACCUUGGUGGAGCAAACAUGUACACAUUCCCAGACUUUUCUGAGCUCAAAGUUCUGGAACAACCUAACAUCGAUGUCCCAGAGGAGAUUGUCAGUGAUGAGAGUCUGGAGCUGACAUGUUACGCUCCUGACAACUGCCCCGACAUGACUCCAGAAAUCCAGUGGAUGUACACCGACUACCUACCUGACCCCGAGUUCAGCUCUGACUACCUGGAGGAGAGCAACACAGCGGUACUCUCCAGCACCCUGACCUUUACACCAAGACCAAUGCACAACGGGCAGCUCCUGGGCUGCAGGGUGUACUACCCCAACACAACAUUGGUCUACGAGAGGCUAAUUUCUCUAGACAUCAAAUAUGCUCCACGCUCAGUGUGGGUGAAUGUCUCCUCUGAGGUGAUGGAGGGUAGCUCCGUGAUGCUGCACUGUGAGGUGGACAGUAACCCUCCUUCCAAGAUCUCCUGGAUGUUUGGAGACCAGGAGCUGCUGUGGGACACGGCAUCCAACGUCUCCCUCUCUCUGGAUGAUGUGACGCCUGCACAAGAGGGGGUCUACACCUGUGUUGGAGACAACGGCUAUGGCAUCAUGAACACGUCACUCUACCUGGCUGUGAAGUACCCUCCCCGUGAGCCCCUUGUAAACGAGUCUAUGACAGUACAAGAGGGAAGCUCACUGUCCCUGCACUGCAGCACACAGGGCAGCCCGGCCCCGACCCUCACCUGGCUGAAGGACGGGGAGCUGGUUGGCACCAUAACUGCAGAUGAGCUGUCAGUGCUGGAGAUCGUGGAGAUCACACCACAGGGAGAUGGACAGUACCGAUGCCUGGCAGAGAACGAGCAUGGACGGGCCAGCAGCUCCUUAAACAUCACUGUUGAGUAUGCCCCGGUCCUUCUGGAGGAGUCCAAGUGCACAGUGGUAAGGGAGGGUGUCCAGUGUGUCUGCAUGGCCACAGGAAACCCUGAACCCACCAUCGAGUUCUACCUGCCUGACCAGAACAUCACCAUCAACGAAACAGACGGCCGGUACAACUUCUACACACACACAGAUGGACACACCUCCACUGGAAUGAUCAAGCUGCGGGAAAAAGGCGAGCGUGUCAACAACGGUGGACCAGCUGUUAAUGUCCACUGCAGCAUCUACAACAUGUAUGGAAGAGAGAGUGUACUUCUGGAGCUACAGCAGGAGAAAAAGUACAUGAUGGCAGUUAUAGUUGGCACCAUCGGAGGAGUGGCGGUCAUAGCCUUCAUCAUUGCAGCAGUGAGAUACGUUGGCCACAACAACAAGAAAGAGAAUGGCAACCCUAGGCAGGACGUGGUCCUGGAGAACCCAGCUUUGUACUACAGCGCAGUCAAGAAGGACAAACAAAAUCUGAGGAAGAAAGUGCUUAAGACAGAGCUGUUGGGCUCAAAGUUUAACUCCAUUCUAGAGGAGACUACGGGAGAAGACGGGGAUUAUCAACAUGUGGGCUCUUUGGCAGAACUGGAGAGGCAAGAGCUGAAUUACGCUGCUUUGGAGUUUAUCGGGGCUAGGUCCAGGGAGGGGGCCUCAGGGAGGGGGGAUGACGGCAGCAACUACACGGAAAUCAAAGCCAAAUGA